CUGCACGCUCAAAAACGCUGCGUCCGGGAUUGGAGGCAGUGCGCAUGCUCGAGGGUACUUAAUAUGAACGCUGUCUCCCGUCUCAAGACAUCUCAGACUCAGUGACCACAAUGGGCAGAUAAGAAAGACAAAAUAUCUGCUGUGUGGAGGCUAGAAGGUUAGUAAGACCUCGGCAGAUACCUCCUCUUUUCCUGCACGAGCAGUCCAGCAAGUUUACAGCACAAUGGCUGAAGAAGACUAUGGCAGCUUUGUGGACUGGAACCAGAUGGGCGAUUUGGCCAAGAGCAGCGGGCCCACCAAGGUGGACACUAAAGAUCUGAAAGAGUUCAAACGGAUGGCUCGACAAGGUUAUUGGGCCAAGAACCACAAGCUGCGGGCACAAGUCUACCAGCAACUCAUCAAAGCCAUUCCUUGCCGUACAGUGACCCCAGAUGCAGCAGUGUAUCGUGACAUUAUGGGAAAUGCAGCCACAAAGAAAACCUCCACCAACGUCCCACUACCAGAGUUUGUGGAUGGAAAUCCCAUACCGCGGUACUGUCUGAAGCCGGAGGCAGUAGCCUCAGUCCAUCAGAUCAUCAACUGCCUCGCUGGACAGUUUCCAGAUAUCUCUCAUUGCCCAGCUCUUCCUGCAGUUACUUCAUUGCUUCUGCACUUCAGUGUAGACGAAGCUCAGUGUUUUGAGCAUGUCAGCCGCAUACUGGCAUGCAACGAGCCAGGGAAGCGACUUAUAGACCAGACCUUCCUGGCUUAUGAGUCUAGCUGCAUGACCUUCGGUGACCUAGCCAAUAAGUACUGCACAGCUGCUCACAAACUGAUCGUUGCCACGGCUCAGGAUGUGAUGGAUGUCUACUCAGACUGGCAGUGCUGGGUCCUCGGUGACCUGCCUUUUAGCCAUGUGGUUAGGGUCCUAGAUGUCUACCUAGUAGAGGGCUAUAAGGUUCUUUACCGCGUGGCAGUAGCCUUGCUCAAGUUCUAUCGCAAGCAUAAAAUGGGAGCAGAGGGGGGGCAGGGCAACCAGCAGCAGGAGGAUUCAAACAAAAUCAAGGCAGAUAUUCAGGCAUUUGUUAAGGGCAUUGCUUCCACCGUCACACCUGACAAGCUGCUCGAGAAGGCAUUCUCCAUCCGCCUGUUCAGCCGCAAGGAGAUCACCCUGCUGCAGCUUACAAAUGAGAAGUCCCUGCAGCAAAAAGGAAUCACUGUGAAGCAGAAGCGCUCUAGGCGGAACGUGCAGCUGGCACUUAACCCUGACACAUUUUCCUCGGAGAUAGUCAGUGCCAAGGAGAUGCAUGACAUCUGGUCAUGGAUCCCAGAGCGCUUUGCCCUGUGCCAACCACAGCUUCUCUUCACAACCUCCACCCACGGUUGCAGCCUGAACAGAUUCUACUCACAUUGUGAGGGCCACGAACCCACUCUGCUCCUCAUCAGGACCACAGAUGGCGAUGUAUGCGGAGCGUUUCUGUCCACUGAUUGGGAGGAAAGGAAGAGAGGAGGCAACAAGUUGAGCUUCUUCGGCACAGGGGAAUGUUUUGUCUUCAGGCUGAAGCCAGAGAUGGAGCGUUACGAGUGGAUAGUAAUCAGUCACCCUGAGCUGGCUUCGUCCAUCAAGACCCAGGCUCAGAAAGAAACGGCAACAUCUGAAGACCAGAUCACAGACAGCAAUAGCUUACAGCAGCCAGAAAAACCUCCUGGAGAGCUGUCACCAUUUCUGUCUGCCCGCCACUUCAACCUGAACUCUAAGAAUACUUCUAUGUUCAUGUCUGGAAAUGUUGACUCCAUCAUAGUGGGAGGAGGCAACGGCAACGCUCUGUAUAUCGACUCUGAGCUGAACCACGGGCGCACUGGCAGUUGCACUACCUUUGACAACCCGCCCCUGUGUGCAGAGAGCUUCCAGAUUUCGCUGCUAGAGGUGUGGGGCUUCCAGGACACCAUGGCCUCAUAAUGCUGAGCACAUACAUGCAACACAUACUUAGGUAUUCAUCCACAAACACUUAAACAUGUGAAAUAAGAAGUCAAGUGUUUUAGGUGGAAAACAUGCAAACAAAACCACAUCCGUCCUGCAAAUUCAACUCUGAAUUAUUAUUUUUUUAAAUGUAUUAAAGCAGUUUGUUCAAAUUUCUGCA